GGCAGGGGGAGGCUGUCUUGCAGGGACUGCAGAAGAGGAGUCGCCACGUGCUGCCCGGAGACCCUUACUGCCCGGAGAUUCCAGGAGCACAGAGGUGAACACCAAUGCCAGGGAGCGUCCACAGACCACGUGCAGGGACACAGACAGUCCUGCUCCCUGAGAUACCCUGCCAGGGGCAGUGCACCCGGGAUCCCCAGUACACCAUGUGCAAUGCACCAAGUCCUCUGGAUCUCGCAGAAUGUGGACACAUACAAGGAAUCUGGCAGUGUUGUACUGAGUCCCAAAGAGGAAAGACAUCAAGCCAUUCUAGAGUGUGUUGGAGCAGACUCAAUCAAGGGGAAGAUGAGGAUGGAGGAAGCCUUGGACCACUAAACCAAGUGACACCCACAAGAACAGCCCAGCCUAGACUGACGACGAGCAGAUCAAAUACCCAGAGCUACUGCCAAGGAGCAUCAUUUAUCCCAGGAGCUCUCCAGGGCCAAACCACUCUGCAGAACCCCUUCUGGCUGUGGGGUGCUGCCAAUUUUCCUGCAUACCAGCUGCCUGGAUGCCACACUGCGAUGGAGAAAUGGAACCAAAGAUCUAAAGUGGGUUGCCCAAGGCCACAAGGGAAUGAUCAAGACUUCAGAAAUCCUUGUUUAGAAAAUAAGACAAAAUUCAUGAUCUUUUUUAGGCAAUAUUGGCAUGACCAGAGAAAACAAGAAUGGUGUUGAUAAAUAAAAAGAGAUUCCUGUUCUAUUUGGUCAGAAAGCGCAGAUGUUAUGAACAUUCUUCUCUACAAAGAUACUUUUGGAGAGGUAACUGAUAAGUUCUUCAGAUUUACUGCUGAAAAAGUUCUACUGAAUAGGACUAUGUUCUUACCAAAACUAUGUACAGAUGGAAGGACUGAGAAGUGAUUUGGGAUCUAUUGUUUGGGGAGGUAUCCUAUCUUACCAGAAGAUUUUCAUUCCUUCCUUCCCUUACCCGCUAUGUACACGUAAAUACAAAUGCAUGCCAUGCGUAAUACAGUUGCUGUAGGUUGAGAAUGUCAGGUUCAAUCAGGACUCAAGAACCCACACAUGUUUUGAAUAAAAAUGUUACCUUGAUAGGAAUAAUGAGCUGUUUUAAGGAAAAUUUUCAUCUGUUCCAUUUGAAUAGGGAAAAGUAUCUUUUAUGGGUAUGGCUUUAAUUCAGCAUCUUCAUCUCAAAACCUUGCCCAUAAGUCACCCAUGAAAGGAUGUUGAUUUUUUUUUAACCGCCGUAACUAAUGUAAAUAAUGCAGUUAAAAAAUACCCACAUAUAACUGUAAAGGGUCCUUCAUGAGCAUCUGGAGGCCUCUAGAAGGCUGGCUUACAGUGUUUAUGCCAUAGCCCUGAGCAGUGGGUGGUGCAGAGCCACUCAGCCAUAGAAGAAGCAUUGGAUAUUUGUACACAGGAGGCACAUCUAUAUGAGAUGUUUACUGUACAAUUGACUAAUUAACUGUACAGUAAACAUCUUGGCAUCUACACAUGCGCCCCUAUUAGACUGUAGUAGAUUAAAGAACUCUGCAGCAGCACACAUGUAGACGCUGAUGGGGCUGGCUUAGGCACAAAAGUGCUUCAGUGCGGGGGCUACUUCUACUUGCCAGAUAGCCCCAUGGUGAGCCCCCUCAUGCCCCAGGCAGCCCCUCCUCAGGAUGUUGAGCCAGGGGGAGCAGCCCUGGGCUGGAAAGGUGACCUCCAGGACCCCGUGCCAGUGGGGGGGUGCUCCAACUCAGCUCCACAUGCUACGCCUGAAUAAACUGCAGAGCUUAUUACUCUGGAGUUAAUUGCUCCUGGGCUCACAUUCAAAUGGUGUACCCAGGAGUAAUAAAGUCUGGAUUAAUAAACUCUGCAGUUUAUUCACAUGCCAUAAUUGCACAUGUAGAUGUGCCCACGGUGAGCUUAUUUUCUCCUGGGGUCUCUAAAUGCAUAUGGGCAAAGGGUACCUUGAGAUUACUUUCUUCUGAGUACAAGACUGGAUCUUUGAAUUAGCAAGAAGGCAGAAAGGAGAAAACCAUAGCUCUUUCCUUCUCCACACCACUUUCUGAGUAAGAGGACAGGAACUGCAGUUGUGGGUGACCCUUGUAAAGCUAAGACUGGAACCAUUGCUUUCAUAGCACCCCUUCUCUCCCAUCCUCCCCCCCCCCACCUCCUCUGUAGCCUUGGAAGAGCCAUCAGUUUGGACUAUAACAUAGGGUCACAGGGUUUAGCUUUUGAAGAUUCCUCUAUGCCAUUAUGCCUUGCAAUAGAAAACUAAAUUCAUGCACAGAGGCUUUGUAUAGUUAAUUAUUAAGGGCCACCUAAAACAUACAUGAUUUUGACACAUUAAUUUGAAUUAAAUUUCUUUUGUUUAUUUUAUGGAAAAUUAUGCUUCCCCCCCAUCGUUAUAAUGUUUCUUUUAGUGACAUGCUUGCAUGAGUUUGUUGUUUUAUGAGGAGUUAUUGGAUUCCAGUUAAUCAGAAGUUAAUGAGCUGUAUAAUCAAAUCACAGGCUAUAAAUAAAGGGAUUUUUAAGAUAUGAAAGCAUCUGUAAUUCUAUAAAAUAUCCACUUUGUGGACACAUCUUGCCUAUUCAACAUAAUCUCAUUUAUUUGCUUUGCUUAAAAUAUUUGCCUGAAAACAAAAUUCUGACACACUAUCUCACUCUCUUGAGGGUAAUGAGAGACCAGAUUUGUUUUUAAUAUCUUGUAUUAAUUUCAUGUAAACCCAAUGAUCUUUCAAAGACAGUUCCUAGGUGGGAGCCAUGAAAAUACACUCAAGAGUUCACCUUUAUAAACUGAAUGGCUGCAUGUUAUCUGGAAAUAAGCAGAGGUAUCACCUUCAAAACCUGAGGUUUUUAUAGAACUGUAUUAAAAGUCUGAAAUGCAUUCUGUUUCCUUCUUUGUAUUGUAAAAGAUGAUUAAUCUAUUAUUAUUCUGUUCUGCCUUGCUGUGCAUAGACAUUUGAGCAUCAUUAGUUCAGAGAACUAUAUUUGUGUGACAGGGCACCUGCAGUACCUGCCACUUUAAGGUUUCUAGUUGGCAGUGGAGCAGCUGGCAGGUGGGUGCUAGCCUCAUUAAGGCUAGCACAUGACCCUAGGAGGACCCUGGGAUUGGCUGAGGGGGUGGAACAGCCUCCAUUUUAACCCAGGUCCUUACAGAGGGAAGGAACAGUCUGAGCUGAGCAGGGAAGGAGGCAACAUCAGGUUGAGCUGCUCCUGGAACAACUUGGAGGUAAGGACAGGAGCUAUGGGGAUGGUUUGGAGGCUCCUGGUCCUGGGCAUGACCUGAAACUGCAUCCUGCUGGGAAGGGUGGCCUGGUGGGACACCCUGUUGUGGGGGACUCCCCAGGAAAUGCCAGGCCAGUUACCUCUCUGGUGAAAGGCGAGGAGGGUCACCUGAAAACCCCAGCCCCUGCCUAUGGGUGGGUUAUUGAGAAGGGAAGAGACCUAGGCCAGGCAAGCCCAGAGGGGGACACUUGAGUCCAGUGUAGUAGGGCCAGGUAUGGCAUCAGCCACCUGAACCCAGUGGGUGAGAGACUCCAGUUCAGGGGGCCAGGCACCAUGUAAGCCACCUGAGCCUCACAGGGUGCAAGAUCCCAAGUGGCCCCAGUGAGGAGGGCAACACUGAAGCGGCCCAGAGGGGCUGAGUGAGGGAAGUGGCCUGGAGUGAGGCUGUGUGGCCCUAGGAAGGGGAAGAAGUCCCAGUGAGGGGCCGAGUGUAUCGAGAAGCCCAGUUCAGGUCAGUAAAGAUGAGUGGCCCUAGCAAGGGACAGAAUUACUGAAUUGGGAAUAUGGAAAAACUGGAUGUGAGAAUGAACAUCAGCAAGGCGUGGGACUUGUGUAAGGGGAGGUUAGAGUGUAUAACAAGAGCCUUGGCAUCAGGAGGGUGAGUAAUGGACAGCCUCCCACCUUAGAAACAGCAAUCAUAUUAUUUUUCAUCAAGGCAUGGCAGGUGAGUGAAGCAGAGGUUUAGCCCUGAACAGACAGGUGGCCAGCACUGAGACCCGACCCUAAAAGGCUAUCCUGUUACUAUUUGUUAUGAUAGGUCAUAGACACACAGUAGGUGGCCUGUGAAAAUACAUGAGGAAGUAAGAGAGUUGAAUGGCCCUCUAAAGUUGUGUCUCAGGGUUCUGAGACACAUUGCAAACUCAGCUUAUAUCUACUGACUUCCAUAGUACCCCACUAUUACAUACCCAAUGAAAAUCUGACAAGUGAAUAUUUCAGGCUAUUUAAUUUUUUUUUUAAAUAUGUAAGGCCACAUAGUACUCACUCAUGUGUUCAGAAAUCGUCAUGGAGUUUCUGAAGGUAUGAGCUCCUGGGAGGAGAUCUGACUUCUUCAUGUAGCUGUCUGAGUCUUGUAAAUUCCUAGCUCAGUCCUCUCUGUCCUAUCAUUGCGUUUCAAUACUGACAAGUUCUGCGUUUCAAUACUGACAAGUGCAGGGUGCUGCACUUGGGCAGUAGUAACUGGCAGCACACUUAUAAGAUGGGAAACUCCCUUCUUGAGAGCACGGAGGCAGAAAGGGAUCUUGGAGUCAUCAUUGAUUCCAAGUUGAACGUGGGCCGACAAUGCGAGGUCACGGUCGGCAGGGCUAACCGGACCUGAUCAUGCAUCCACAGGUGCAUCUCAGGUAGGGCCAAGGAGGUGAUCCUCCCCCUCUACGUGACACUGGUCAGGCCGCAGCUGGAGUACUGUGUCCAGAGGGAUGUGGACAACAUUGAAAGGGUGCAGAGGAGGGCCACCCGCAUGAUCCGGGGACAGCAGGGCAGACCAUACAAUGAGAGGCUAUGGGACCUGAACCUGUUCAGCCUUCACAAGAGAAGGCUGAGGGGGGACCUGGUGACCAUUUAUAAACUCACUAGGGGGGACCAGAAGGGUUUGGGGGAGACCUUGUUUCCCCUAGCACCCCCCAGGAUAACAAGGAAUAACGGCCACAAGUUGUUGGAGAGUAGGUUUAGAUUAGACAUCCAUUGGAACUACUUCACAGUUAGGGUGGCUAGGAUCUGGAACCAACUUCCAAGGGAAGUGGUGCUGGCUCCUACCCUGGGGGUCUUUAAGAAGCGGCUUGAUGCCUACCUGGCUGGGGUCAUUUGAGCCUAGUUUUCUUCCUGCCCAGGCAGGGGGUUGGACCUGAAGAUCUACAAGGUCCCUUCCGACUCUACUUCUAUGUUUCUAUGAUCAUGUGCACUGCCUUUUCUUAGGAUAGAGGGUCCAGAUAACACAUGGUCUGACAAGCAAUAACUUGUAGAUACUUUGCUGAAUGAAAAUCUGCAGAGUUCCAAAGACUGCGUCCCACCUAGGACAAUUACUUCCUGUCCCUGCUGAAAAAAAAAGAUGCUUCAGAGCUCUGAUUAUGUGCUAGUAGAAGUGUGACCUCUUUAAGAGGGGGAGUACCUAAAAAGCAACCACUCCUGCUCUUCUUGAAACCUUGGUGUUGUAGCAGAAAGCCCCCUUUUCCUCUUGCUCUCCCCUCUUUAAAUAUGUUUUUUCUCUUCUACCUUUUCUUCCUUCCUCUUUCCUUCACUUUAAGAUAAGGAAUUGUGUUUUAAAAUUUGUAUGUGUGCAUUUUGUAUCUCCCCGUGUACGUUGGUAUUUUUAUCUAUUUGUGUGCCAUGGCAUUUGUAGCUUAUAUUUUAUACUCCUCACCUUUCAACUUUCAACUAUAAAUGUGUUUAGUAGCAAUGUUAACAAGGGCAGGAGUCAAACUGCUGCUUCCCAGUAUCAGGCUGGCCCCUGAAAGAGUAAGUAAAUCAGUAAUUAAAUGUGUAACACUGUAGCAGCAGGCAGCAAUUAACACCUAAGGAAACUGCAGAUCAACCAAGGGAAGAACUGAAUAGAAGACAAUGUAACAACCGGGAAAUCUCUAAACGUCACUGAUCAAGGGCUAGAAGCCCUGGCCUGAGUUAAUCAACGCCGGGGACCAACUUUUGGGCUGAAUAUCUCCAAAUCGACCGCUCCCAGAGCCCUAUUCAAAAUUCACCAAUGGACUCCCAAACCUGCACGUACAUGUGGAUGACCCCUGGGGCUGACAGAUGCCAUCCAGUAGCCACCAAGGGGGAAGUCCCACGAGGGUCAAUGACCCCUGGAUUGGGCAAACCUGAAAACUGGGGAGUCACCAAACUCUGCCAAGGACAGAUAAAAAGCAGUGAAAAGUGACCCUCAGUGGCGCCCUCUUGAUCUCCAACUUGACCAGCACCCGACCUGUCCAGCCAGAAGGACCAGCCGGCGACCCACUUCUGGAAGAUAACACCACGCUGAAAGAAGCCUCGACGGCAGACUCCAGCACUUGUAGGAUAGGUAUACCUGACUCUUGUAGCUUGCUACUGUGUGUGUGCAUGUGUGUGUGUGUGGGGGGGACCAGCCCUAAGGUUUAUGAUUUAACUUCAUUACAGUGCUUCAAUCCGCCUAAUAAACCAGAAUUUUAAGGAU